CCAAAAGUUCUAUGCACGCACCCACCGCUGCUCUGCACGCCUCACGUCGUCAGCUCAGAGGCUCAUAUACUCGGCGAGCAACUGAACAGCAAUCUAGCUAGCCACGCAGAACAGAGCAGUCGGUUUGGUGGUGCGCCUUUACUACGGCCCAACCCCAGGAUUUAAUUGCCUCCGCCUGCCUCGCUCUCGCUUGAAUCGCUGCGUCUGCGGAGCCUGCGCCUGCCAUAAGUAAUGCGCGCUCCGCGGUGACCCGACGGACGCAUUUAUACGCUAGACUGAAAGCUAGCACCUCGCGCGCGUGGCCUGCGGCGGUCCGAAGCGAAAUGGGCGAGAGGAGGAGGCGCGGGAGCGCUGCCGCCGGCCGGGCCGAGGAGGAGAAGGCAGCCGCGCCGGCGCCGGCGCCGACGGUGUGGUUCGCGCUGAAGAAGUCGCUGCAGUGCCGGUCCCAGACGUCGGAGGUGCACGUCCCGAAGCCCAAGGCCUCCAGCGCCGGCGCCGGCCACAACCUGUCAUCGAUAGUGACCAAGCGCGGGGCGGCGCGCUCGGGCUGCUCGCGCUCCAUAGCCAACCUGCGGGACGUCAUCCACGGGAGCAAGCGGCACCCGGGCCAGGGGCCGCCCAGCAACUGCAGCCCGCGGUCCAUCGGCAGCAGCGAGUUCCUCAACCCCAUCGCCCACGAGGUGGUGCUCAGCACCAACGACUCCCGCUGCGAGCUCAAGAUCACCGGCUUCGGCGCCGGCGGAGGAGGAGGAGUGCUCGCGUCCGAGGGCGGCGACGGCGCCGUGCUGUCGUCGUCGUUCGUGGGCACGCUCCGCCCGGGCACGCCGGGCCCCGGAUGGAGCCACGGCCACGGCCACGGGCUGCAGUACAGCGGCUCGUGCCGGGGCGGCAGCAUGCGCUGCACGCCGCCGAGGUCGCCCAAUAACGUGCUGCUGGACAAGGACGGCGCCGCGGCACCCAUGGCCGGGCACCGGGCGUCCUGUGAGGUCGACGGCGCCGUGAAGAACGGCGGCAAGGGCUCCGGCGGCGGCCUCAGCUGCCACAGAUGCAGCGAGCAGUUCAGCAAGUGGGAGGCGCUGGAGGCGCACCACCUGUCCAAGCAUGCAGUGACGGAGCUUAUGGAAGGGGACUCGUCGCGUAAGAUCGUGGAGAUCAUCUGCCGGACGAGCCUGCUCAAGUCGGAGAGCAGCUGCGUGCGGAUCGAGCGCGUGUUCAAGGUGCACAACACGCAGCGGACGCUGUCCCGCUUCGAGGAGUACCGGGAGGCGGUGAAGAUGAAGGCGAGCAAGCUGCCCAAGAAGCACCCGCGCUGCCUCGCCGACGGCAACGAGCUGCUGCGGUUCCACGGCGCGACGCUCUCGUGCGCCCUGGGCGCGUCCAGCGGCUCCGGCUCCUCCUCCAGCAGCGGCAGCAGCCUCUGCGCCUCCGACAAGUGCGCCGUCUGCCGCAUCAUCCGCCACGGCUUCUCCUCCAAGAAGGAAGGCAAGGCCGGCCUCGGCGUCUUCACCACGUCCACCAGCGGCCGGGCGUUCGAGUGCGUCGCCGACGAGGCUGCCGGCGUCGUGGACGACGAGCACCAGGGCCAGGGCCAGGGCACGCGCAAGGCGCUGCUGGUGUGCAGGGUCAUCGCGGGCAGGGUGCACAAGCCGCUCGACAACCUCAAGGAGUUCGUGGGGCAGACCGGCUUCGACUCGCUGGCCGGCAAGGUCGGGCCCUACGCCAACAUCGAGGAGCUGUACCUGCUGAACCCGAGGGCGCUGCUCCCGUGCUUCGUGGUCAUCUGCAAGCCUUGAUUCCUUGAAACCCCCGACACGCUAAUCGAUCGAGAGUAACUAACCAUUCUUUUCGCGGUUGCCAGCCACUCUGUUAACGUUUGUACGAGCUACGACACGUAGUAUAGCAGUGCUUAGUAGUAUCGGCCGGAUGCAUUUGUCCAUAUUUCUGCGAAUGUGCGUCGAUGCUGGCCUUCACGUGUCACGUGUGAGAGGCUAAAAGAGCUGAUUGAUCCGCCAUUUUCCGAGUGGGCACUACUCAGUAUUCGCUACUACAGUACAUGACAUCGAUCGAACCAGCCAUGCACCGUGAAGAGAAACACUAGAGAUUGCUUCUUCUUUUUUGGGUCUGUGGAGCUCCACUUGACAUGCCGUCUCGUUUGGCUGGAUAGUACACUCCUUGUCAAAUGCUCAGAUAUGCUUUGUGACUUGUGAGACCUCAGGUCUAAUCCCCAAUUUUCCCCAUCUGUCGACACCUGGUGAGUUGGAGCCAAAAAGUUUUACCGGUAGCAGCAAGCAUCAAGAGGUAAAAAGUGCAUCUGCUAUUAGGGUUGAUGGACCCUUCGUGGUUUGUGGGAGUAUAGUAUAUUCUUAGAUGGAGAGAUGUAUUAAAAAUGUGCUAGUACUCCUUAUUGUAUUAAGGAGUAGUAGAUGGCAGUAGUAUCAUACGUUUCUCUUGACCUUUUCACAGUCGUCUUUUGAAUGGAUUCGAAUUUGCUCA